AUGCUCAAUGGUCAAGAUAAACGAUUGGAUUGCAUCAAACAGCGCAAGAUUGUAAAGUGUCUGAUGAUGCAGGCGGAACAGCAGGGACUGCAGGUUGGGGACACGCGUUUCGUGCUUUCCGCCAAGUGGUGGGAGCAUUGGUGCAAAUUUGUAGGAUUCGAUGAGAAACAAGAACCGCUCGCGGAUGGAUUGAGAUAUCUUCCACCUGGUCGUAUUGAUAAUUUUCCGCUGCUAAAUGUGGGUCCGGAUACACCCCUCGACGAGUUAAUGGGAGGACCACUGCGGCCACAAUUGAAAGAGAAUUAUCACUAUGUGCUCAUCCCACAAGAAGUAUGGGACGCACUGAUGGUCUGGUAUGAUGGCGGACCGACCAUAGCUCGAUUUGUCGUACAGGUGGGAGAUCAAAAGUUUGGUAAUGCUUUCAACCGCGUACAGGUCUAUCCGGAGCAGACGGAAGAAGAACCAGAGGCUACUGCGAAUGGUAUGAAAGACAUCUUGAUACAGAAGAAGAGCAACGCUUCGACGACUACACCAAAUGGUAUGGCGGAUGAAUCUGCGACAGAAACCGAAAUAUCGUUACAGUGGAAACCUAGCGUGGUGUCAAGUUUGAUUCCAAAACUUUGCGGAGCUUGUCGAAAAUCAAUGAGAUCGCUAAAACGCUGCGGCAGCUGCCAACUUGUCUGGUACUGUGGCCCGAGCUGUCAAAUGUCUCAUUGGAAAUAUCACAAGGUUGUGUGUCGUUCCAAGCUGUCGGCUGAAGAGAAAGAAGAUGAAACGUUACAAAGAUUGCAAACAGAGCGGCGAGGUAAGACGGGUCUUCGCAACCUUGGCAACACGUGCUUUAUGAACUCAGCACUACAGUGUUUGAGCCAUGUGGAGUUGUUGACGCGUUACUUCUUAAGCAAUGAGUACAAAAAGGAUUUAAAUCGCGACAACCCAUUAGGAACGGGUGGUAACUUGGCUGAGGAAUACGAUGCCUUGCUGAAGGAGAUUCACUUCGGUACAGCGCCCAGCACAUCACCCGCCAACUUCAAGCGAGCGAUUAGUCGGUUUGCCCCGCAGUUUUCUGGAUUCCAGCAGCACGACGCCCAAGAAUUGCUUGCAUACAUUAUCGAUGGCUUGCAUGAAGAUUUAAAUCGCAUCAAACAUAAGCCCUACAUUGAGGCGAAGGAGUCUGAUGGCUCGCAGGACGAUGCUACUGUGGCGAAAGAAGCAUGGGAGUUCCACUUGCUACGCAACGACAGUAUUUUUGUGGACCAUGUUCAGGGCCAGUUCAAGUCUACGGUUGUGUGCCCAAUUUGCAACAAAGUUUCGAUUACUUUUGAUCCGUUCAAUUGCAUUCAGUUGGAGCUACCUCAGCAGCUAAAUCUCCAGAUAGAAGUCAUCUUCAUUUCAAGCGAGCCAGGCAAGUCCAUGACUCGUUACCUUGUAGAAGUACCCAAGAAAGGGACCGUCCUCGUAUUGAAACGCGCGUUGAGCAAGCUAUGCAGAGUGACCCCUAGUAAUCUGAUGGCAGCUGAUAUCUAUCACUCCAUGACCUACCGGAUUAUUGGAGAUACUGAGCGGUUGAAUCGACUACGAGAAGAUGACCGUAUUCUUAUGUACCAAAUCGAUAACAUCUCAACUGAGGAGCCUGUGUUACACGGCUUUCUAUAUCACCAAAUCGGGUCCGCUUUGACGGGCGACCCGUUGCUCUUUACCUAUACUGCUUCAACUACAUGUGCUGAGAUAAUGGAAAAGUGGAGUGAGAUGCUGAGCACGCAUGUCGUACAAAAGUCGAGCGCCAAGAUUCCGAGCAACAUGUUGUCUCAAUGCGUCUAUUUAACUGACCGCUAUGGUGUUUUUUUGCGCAAUGAACCAGUUCCUCAAGCUGCCGACGCAAAGUUUUUGGAUUUUGCUACGUUGCACAGUGAAAACUCGCCAGAUACACUGGUGUUUGUCACGGUUGCCUGGUCAUCAUUACUUCUGUCCUCGCCAGCAUCUCCUCGUCCUGAUAUUGAGCAAAUUGUCAACCACGAAAGUAUGCACGCAAAGGCUAGUGGGUCUCAAGCACACGAGGGUAUUUCAUUGGAUGACUGCUUUCGGAAUUUUGUAAAGGCUGAGACGCUUGACCGUGCAAAUUUGUGGUACUGCAGUCAGUGCAAAGAGCAUCGACAAGCGCGCAAGACUAUGGAGAUGUGGCGGUUACCGGAUGUACUAGUCUUGUCACUCAAACGGUUUGAGUACCGCAAUGAGAUUUUACGCGACAAACUGAACGUUUUUGUCGACUUUCCUCUCAAAGACCUUGACAUGUCACCGUACAGUCUUGAGCAGAAGAAUGACAAGGAGUAUUUCUACUAUGAUCUCUUUGCUGUAAGCAAUCAUUACGGAAGCAUGGGCUUUGGUCAUUACACCGCUUUUGCGAAGAGCUGGAAAGACGGUGAUGGUGAGCUGUAUCCAGGAUGGUAUUCAUUCGAUGACAGUGUCGUGACACCAGUCAUGCCCAAUCAAGUCAAGUCCAAUGCAGCCUACAUUUUAUUUUACAAGCGCAAGAACCUUCAGACCGAGCCAAUACGUGAAGCAAAAGAAGAAAGUUAG